UGUUUUUCCUCAAUCGAUCGCUGAUGCAACUCUCUGACAGUGACAGCUUCCACUACCCGGCUGCUUUUUCAUUCGCACCGCGUGAGCUCUUGAGGUAGGAAGCCUUUCACCAUGGCGACUCAGCAAAGCCCCGAGGAGAAGCUGCACCUCAUCACCAGGAACCUGCAGGAGGUGCUCGGGGAAGACAAGCUGAAGGAAGUCCUUCAGCAAAGGGAGCUGAAGGUGUACUGGGGAACGGCCACCACUGGCAAGCCGCACGUGGCUUACUUCGUUCCCAUGUCCAAGAUCGCCGACUUCCUCAAAGCCGGAUGCGAGGUCACCAUUUUGUUUGCUGACUUGCACGCCUUCCUCGACAAUAUGAAGGCUCCCUGGGAUCUGCUGGAGCUUCGGGUGAAGUACUACGAGGAGAUCAUCAAGGCCAUGUUGGAGAGCAUCGGCGUACCUUUGGAGAAACUCACGUUUGUGAAAGGAACCGACUACCAGCUCAGUAGAGAGUACACUCUGGAUGUCUACCGCCUGUCGUCAAUGGUGACUGAGCACGAUGCCAAAAAGGCGGGCGCCGAGGUGGUCAAGCAGGUGGAGCACGCCCUGCUCAGCGGGCUGCUCUAUCCGGGACUGCAGGCGCUGGAUGAGGAGUACCUGAAAGUGGACGCUCAAUUUGGUGGAGUGGACCAAAGGAAGAUCUUCACUUUUGCUGAGAAGUACCUUCCCUCCAUGGGCUAUGCCAAGCGCAUCCAUCUGAUGAACCCAAUGGUACCAGGACUGACCGGUGCCAAGAUGAGCUCCUCAGAGGAAGACUCAAAGGUCGACCUGCUGGACUCCAAAGAAGAUCUAAAGAAGAAGCUGAAAAAGGUCUUCUGUGAGCCGGGAAACAUUGAGAAUAACGGCGUUCUCUCCUUUGUCAAAUUUGUGCUCUUCCCUCUUCGUGGAGGGUUCUCCAUCAAAAGAGACGCCAAGUUUGGUGGAGACAAAGUCUACUCAGCGUUUGAAGAUGUUGAGAAGGACUUUGCGGCGGAGCGGAUCCACCCCGGAGACUUGAAGGUCUCCGUGGAGGCGGCCCUCAACCAGCUGCUGGAGCCCAUCCGCAAGAAGUUUCAGACUGCCGAACUGCGCAAGCUGACGGCCGCCGCCUACCCCUCGACCAAGACGAAAGGAGCCGGAAAGGGCGCCAGGGCAGGAGGAGGACCUGGAGGAGAUGAGGAGGAGUUGACACCGUCCAAACUGGACAUCCGGGUGGGGAAGGUUGUCAGUGUGGAGAAGCAUCCAGAUGCCGAUUCGCUGUACUUGGAGAAGAUCGACGUCGGCGAGGCGGAGCCCAGGACGGUGGUCAGCGGGCUGGUGGCUUACAUCUCCCAGGAGGACUUGCAAGAGCGAAUGGUCCUGGUGCUGUGCAACCUCAAACCCCAGAAGAUGCGCGGCAUCGAGUCGCAAGCCAUGCUCCUCUGUGCUUCCAUCGAAGGGGAGCCCCGCAGAGUGGAGCCACUCGACCCUCCUGAGGGUUCCUCGCCGGGGGACCGGGUCUUUGUAGAAGGAUACGAAGCAGGCAAACCAGACGACAGACUCAACCCGAAGAAGAAAAUCUGGGAGAAAAUACAAGUGGACCUGAAGAUCUCAGAGGAGUGCGUGGCUCAGUGGAAAGACAACCUGCUGAUGAGCAAACUUGGACAGAUCACGUGUAAAACUCUGAAAGGAGGAAAUAUCAGUUAGGUACUCACCUUCACCUGCCAGCCACAUCUUCAAACAGUUGCCAUGGGAACAAUGGAACAUGGAGACUGAAAGUCUUUCAGAGGGUUAGGGUUAAAAAAAAGGGACCUGUUAUGAUUCAUAACUUAUCUGCCGGAUUGCACUCUCACGUGAACACAUAUGCCAAAGUGCGCUUUCGUUCUUAAUCAGUGACGGUUUCCUGUCCAGUUGCAUCAUGGGUAGCGCAUCAUACUAGCAUCCAUUAUUACCGUGAUCAAAUAAACUGGAUGAAGAUCGUGGUGUUAUCAUCUACGCAUUCAAAAAUAAAUAGCAUCACUUUCAUA